CUGGAAGAACUGGUUUGACCUGUGGUCAGAUGGUCACCUGAUUAUGAUGACCAAACUCGGCAGAGUGUAGAAGAUAAGGUCCACAUGCCAGUGGACUGCAUCAACAUCCGCAUGGGACAUGAAUGUCGGGAUAUUCAGCCACCAGAUGGGAAGCCAAAAGACUGUAUGCUGCAGAUUGUUUGCCGAGAUGGGAAAACCAUCAGUCUUUGUGCAGAAAGCACAGACGAUUGUUUGGCCUGGAAGUUUACACUCCAGGAUUCCAGGACAAACACAGCUUAUGUUGGCUCAGAAGUCAUGUAUGAUGAGACAGCUGUGGCUUCCUCCCCACCUCCUUACACAGACUAUGCUGCACCAACCCCUGAGCAGGCAUAUGGCUAUGGUCCAUACAGUGGUGCAUACCCACCAGGAAUUCAAGUUGUCUAUGCUGCAGAUGGACAGGCUUAUGCUGUACCCUAUCAGUACCCAUGUGCAGGACUUUAUGGACAGCAGCCUGCCAACCAAGUCAUCAUUCGUGAGCGGUAUCGAAACAAUGACAGUGACCUGGCGCUGGGCAUGCUGGCUGGAGCAGCCACAGGCAUGGCCUUAGGGUCUCUGUUCUGGGUCUUCUAG